AUCCAGUUUAUCAUAGUGACCAUAUUUUAAAACCAUCUAAGCUAAGCAAUAGUGAUGUUUAUAAGGAUAUGGAUUCGACGAUAGAACAACAAUUAAGUCAAGCUAUUAAUGAAAAUUAUUCAAAUAAGAAUUCUAAUGGCUGUCAACAUGAAAAGGAGUCAUUGGAAAAACUUGAAUUAAAAUCAAAGUCUAAUUCUGAAUAUGAAACUAAUCAAGAUUUCAAAGAAAAUAUUAUUGGUUCCGAUUUUAAAAACAGUGAUACUGAUGGUGAAAUUCAUGGAUCAACUGGAAACAGAAUCUUAAAAUCGCACAUAGACAGCGAAAUCAUUUGCGAGGAUUGGUUGCAAUCAACUGUUAAAAAGUAUAAUUUAAAAGAGAUACCUUAUAAAGAACUUAGUCAUAAGAAAAGGAUAAAUGAAGGAAGACGCGAGAUAAUUUUUAGUGUAAAAUGUGUGUCAUUAGGGGAUGUGGUCAUUAAAGAAAUUGAUAAUAAGGAUAGGGAUACUCUAGAACGGUAUAGUAAGGCUAAACAUCAUCGAAUAAUUCAAUUUCAUGGGGUUACUAUAAAUAAAGACGAGGCAACACGGUAUCUCAUAAUGGAAUAUGCAAAUAACGGAAAUUUACGGAAAUAUUUAAGAGACUCAAAUCCAGGAUGGCCGGAAAAAAUUAGACUUACUAUUCAAAUAGCCGAAGGAAUGAGUUAUCUUCAUAGAAUAAAUAUCAUACAUUGCGACUUG